UUGCCGAUUCAUCCCAUCAGCUGGUUCAGGGAAUCAUUUAGACUGAAACUGAGAUUUGUUGUCACUUGCCCGGAAUCUAAGCAAGUCUUUGGAACUUAGGUUCUCUUCAUAAUUAUGCAAUCUAAAGUAUAAAAUUUAAAUUUGUCUCAUAUUUAUCAUAAAUUGUCCGUUACUACCAACAACCAUGGUUACGUUGCAGCCAAAUGAUCUUGCUUUGGUGCAACGGGUUUAUGAUCGGAUCACUGGAGCUGGCACAGAUGAAGAGUUGCAGGCAGAAUUGGUGAAGUAUCUUGCUCCUGUUAUAAACAAACUCAACUCUGGGAAUGACAUGGUCCGCACAACUAUAGUUGAGAUGCUUGGGCAUAUAAAUCGCCGCAUUAAAGACCAUCAACACAUUCAACUGCCAGUGGAAGCUCUCUUGGAACAGUUCAGUUCUCCAGGCGCUUCUGCUUUUGUUGUGAAUUUUUCUCUUGUGUACAUUCGGAUGGGGUUUCCACGGCUUGAUUGUAACAAACAAGUAGAGCUUCUGCCAAAAUUAUUAGAGAGUCUGGAGGGCAAGCCACCUCAUCAACAAGACAGUGUUUUGGUCCUCCUGCUGCCUGUUCUUGGGCACAUCAAAGGCUCUGCUCAUUGCCUGCCUGACUCUCCACUCAUGAAACUAAAAGAGAAGCCUGCUACUGCAAAGCUCUUAUUAGACUACAUGCAGGACAUCCUUCUGCUGCCUUACGGGACUCGCCCAGUGACGCAAGCCGAGUUGCUUCACAGACAGGAACUACGAAAGCAGCGAGAGGAGGUGCAGCAAGCUGAAGAGGCGGCUGUGGCCGCAGCAGGAAUGCAACAAGGAUCUCAUGUUGAGCCAAGCAAUACAGCACCUGCCUCCUUGCCACAUCCACCUGCUAUUAUGGAAAGAAGCGAUCACGCUAAUUCUACAGCAUCUUUGCCUGUAGAGGACGUUCCAGCCGGCAUGUCAAUCUACAGCUUCACGCGUGCUCAGGGGGGAGUUCCUCUAGCGCCUGACCAGUUAGAGAAACUCAAGCUUACUGUGAUAAAGUUUCUAGAUGCGCAAGUAUUACCAGCAAGCUCUAUGGCAAUUCUUGUUAUCAUUGCGUCUUCAGACCCUAGGUUUUCAGUUGCCAAUGCUGCCGAGUCUUUACAGAGACGUCUUGACGCGACCAUAGAAUGGAACAGCAGUGCAGUCAUAUCUGCACUCUACGUCCUCUUUUUGGGCACUCUUACUCCAAUAGAGCGCGGUCCACUGGACCGCUUCAAGAACCCCGCUAAUACAAGAAUGCGUUUGAAGCUGAUGCCAUGUUUCCUCAAGUCUAGGGAAGCAACAAAUUAUGCUCCUUUGGCAGUGAAGGUUUUUUGUGAAUGCCUCUGGGGCAGCCACACAAACAGCAGACUCAAGCAGCAAGGAAUCAGCUUCCUCCAUCACAUCUCCUCUAGUGCAUCUACUGAAAAAAUUAAGCCUGUUGGGAGCAUGCUUUUCUCUGGCGUUGUCAAAGUCAUUGAUGAAGAAAAAAGUGAUGCUAAGCUCACUUCUUUAGCAUAUGGGGCCCUGGCAAAAUUAUCUUUGAAGCUUCCCAAUUUGUUGCUGUCGCAUGAAUCUCAGUUACAUUAUUUGCAAACAUUAAUGGACGCACUCACUCACGAGGUUGGCGACGUACUCCUAGCUAUCCAAGAAGCUCUCUCCAUGGUAGCUCCCGUGUGCAAGCAUCUCACUGCAGAGAGCCAAGAACAGCUCUGCAUUGUUCUGUGUGAUCACGUGCAGCACAACAACGCAGCUCUACGCCGCACCGCCGUGCACUACGCCGCUACUGUCUUCUCUCGUACGCACUUCGCCUCGAGGUUCAUUUUGCUGCUGGCAACAGGCGACAGCCAAGACGACAUCAGGCUGGAGGCGACGCGUGAGCUGUACAGCCCCGUCAAGGACGAAGGCGCCGCGCAGUACGUAGCCCCGCGCUUCAGCUCCAUGCUCGCCUAUGUCCUGCAGAGGAUAAACGCUACACCGCGCACGCGCUGGAGAGAUGUGGCCAACACGCCCCUGCCUUACGCCUUGAAGGUUAUGGAGGAGGUUAUCAUGUUCCUGCAACACUGCCUGGCUAUAGAGAGCGGCAGUAACUGCAGUAAAGGCAGCUCCAAGCCUGCCGUGUCGCUCUUCAGGGAGGGCGCUCUGAUGUGGCCGGACUGCUGCGCCGUCGGCCGCUUCGUUACGGAGGAACUUGCACGCACGCCAGAUGGCAGCAACCCGUUCGUGCAAUACUUGGGACUGUGCGAGAUGGUGGCGAACGCGUGGUCUUCUUUCAAUAUUAUUUUUUUUACCGCAGGCAGCAACCCGUUCGUGCAAUACUUGGGACUGUGCGAGAUGGUGGCGAACGCGUGGUCUGCUGUGGGAGUAGAGGCGAUGGUGCGGCUCAUAUGCGUGGCUCCUCAGCUGCUGGCUCAGCAGUACACCGCUAGAACGGAUUGGCUGCGACGAUGUCUCAUCAGAGGAGGGCACGCCGGGCAGGUCGCAGCGCAGCUGUUCGGCGUCGUUGUGGGACAAAUAGCGGAGCAGGAAGAGUUUGAACGAGCCCUUCAGAGCAUCAAGAACAUCAAGGAACUGCGACAGGACAGUCAGCAAUGCUGCAUCCUCGCUACUGGCCACAGCCUGGCAUUUGCCCAGCAUCGUCUCAUGAACGACGAGGACGUUGUUCUCGAGGACGAGUGGAGCUUCUUUGCUCAGACGCUGCGGCAGCUCGUGAUCGAUCUUGUGAAUAACGACGGGAGCUUGCAGACGGCUCUGAUCUGCGCCAUAGCCGACGUGGCUCGCUUCGCAGCUCUGCCGGUGCCAGUAGGAGACCUUCAGGACUUGCAGGAGUCUGCUGGUGCGUCCUCUGACAAAUCUGAUAGCAAGGAAACAGAGAAACCAGCGGACGGUCAAAGUACAGCCGCCGCCUCGUCCAAUACCUUACUCAAGAAAUCCGCCGCCUCUUCGAACAAGAGAAGAGAAGGCAAUCUGGUUGAAUUAUUCUCAGUCCUCAAGUCUGUUUAUGAGAACAACAAACUUCCAUCAAAGGUGCGGGAACAAGCCAUCCAAUGCGCCGGUCAUCUCUGCGUCGGUCAGCCCGACAUUCCUCUCAAGCCAAUUAUUAUCAAGAGCUUGUUACGUCUCGCGCAUGAGAGCGAUGAGCUGGAGAUCCACUUCAGUGUUGGCGGAGCGUUGGCGGACUGUGCGCUUGGCGCGGCCUCCUCAGCGGCCCUGAACUUGUGGACACAACCUGAUCCUCAGGCUGCUCCUGACAACGUCCUGCAGGCUGCAGUGACCACCGAUGUUCUGACUGAGAGAAAGGAAGAGAACAUGGAGGUCGACGCUGCCUCCUUCGAAACUCCUGCUGCUGUGGAGGAAGAGAACUUGACCGAAGGAUCUUUAGCCUGGCUGCUGCAUGAGCUCCUUAAUGUUUACGUGCCUAUGACGAAGCCCAGCGUGAGACAGGCUUCGUGCAUUUGGUUGCUGACGGUGCUGAAGCGCUGCCGCUUGUGUCCUGAGAUCCAACGCAGCCUUCCCCUCAUACAGAGCGCCUUUAUGGACCUCUUGGCUGAUACAAACGAGCUGGUGCAAGACGCCGCCUCAAAGGGCCUGUGUGUGGUGUACGAGUGCUGCUCGGAGGACACGCGGCGGUCGAUGGUCGAAGGCCUCGUCCACGCUCUCACUGAGGGCAAGAGCCGCGUCUCUAACGUCACCGGCAACACGAAGCUCUUCAGGGAAGGGGAGCUGGGGGCAGCUCCUUCAGGAGGUCAGCUGUCCACAUACCGGGAGCUUUGUUCUCUCGCGUCAGACCUCAACCAACCUGACCUCGUCUACAAGUUUAUGAACCUCGCUAAUCAUAACGCCAUCUGGAACUCUCGCAAGGGAGCGGCGUUUGGGUUUGGCAGUUUAGCACAGCAGGCAGGGUCGCAGCUAGAACCUUUCUUGCCGGCGAUCGUCCCUAAGCUCUUCCGCUACCAGCACGACCCUACGCCGCGCAUACAGCAGCCCAUGGCGCACAUCUGGAGCUGCCUUGUCUCUGACACACACAAAACUACGGAGAAAUAUUACUCGGCCAUCUUAGAAGACCUGCUAACGAACCUGACGAGCACCUUGUGGAGGGUGCGGGAGUCGUGCUGCGGCGCCCUAGCGGACCUGAUAAGGCAGCACUCCGUCGUGCCCGCCGUCGCCCACCUGUCCGUCCUCUGGACGACGCUCUUCAAAGUGCGUGACGACAUCAAAGAGUCUGUGCGUGUGGCCGCUAACAAGACCCUCGAGAGCCUCAGCAAGAGCUGCAUCAAGGUUUGUGAGAGCGGAGGAGAGGAAGGCCAGCGGGUGCUGGAGUGCGUGUUGCCUGUGCUGCUCACCGAGGGCAUCACGUCCAACGUUGCCGAGGUGCGCACGAUCUCCUUGGACGCCGUGGUGCAAGUUUGCCGGUCGGGAGGCGCAAUGAUUCGCUUGCAUUUAGGAACACUUGUGCCUGCCUUGCUGGAGGCCAUCGCGGGAUUGGAGCACAAGGCCUUGAGUUACACGGCAGUGCGCACCACCGCGGAGGAUGAUCGUGACAGAGUGGAUUCGCUACGGGUGGCCGCAUCCAGGUCGACGCCAAUGAUGGAUACUCUAAAUUACGUACUGCAGUUCGUGGACGAGAAGGUGAUGGAUGACGUUAUUGCUGGAGUGUUGGAUGUGCUCAAGAAGUCCAUGGGACUUACGAGCAGAACCGCUGCUGCUCACGUCAUCGAGACUCUGACUCACACGUGCCCUGGGCCCCUCCAGAAACAUGCUAGCAAAAUUCUGCACGUGCUUGUCACUGGUCUCAAUGAUAGAAACUCAACUGUACGAAGAAUUUUUGCGAAUGCUAUUGGCACAUUAAUUAAAAUUGCUAAACCUUCUAGUGUAGCGAAGCUUUUAAAUAAGCUACAGAGUUGGUACCUGGAAAAAGAAGAAGAUAGUGUGCGUUUGAGUUGCGGUUUAGCGCUGCGAAGCAUGCAUCGUCAAAGCGGUGACAUAAUGCGCGAUCACGCGGCCUUAGCUCUGCCUCUUGUCUACCUGGCUAUGCACGCCUCAAAAACUGUAGGAGACGACCCAACCGGGGCAGAAAUUUGGGAGGAAAUAUGGAGCGAUAAUACUCCUGGUACUGAAGCUGGUUUGAAGUUAUAUCUGAACGAGAUCUUGCUAGUCUGUGAAACAGCCGCCGCAAGUCCAAACUGGACCAUGAAAGCUCAGGCUGGCAGAACCAUUUCUGCACUCGCUGCUAAAGUUGGUGCAUUGUUGAGUGAGAAGCAGGCGCAGGCUCUUGUGAUGCUGUUGUUGGGAUGCCUGCAAGGAAGAACUUAUGCUGGCAAGGAACAUUUGUUGAAAGCUUUAUCAACUGUAGUAGUCGAGGCCAAGCCAGUUCUUGCGUCCCUCAGGAGUCCUGAAAGUGAAGAAUUACUAAUUGAAGAAUUCGUGAAAUCUUUGUUGCGGGAAGCAAACAAAGAGAAGAAAGAGUAUAAACAGCACGCCGUACGUGCACUAACUAUUGUGCUUCAAGAGUACGAAAUCAAUAAGUUUGACGUCGUUUUCGAUAUAUGUUCAUCGUUAAUUAGUCAAACGAUUGAGGUUGUUACAAGCUCUGGCAGUACUGCAACGAUCACAGAGGAAGAACGGUCGGCAGAACAGCAGGAGGAAAGCAUCAAGUGGCAACUCUUGGACGAGUUCAUCGUGAGCCUUGGCAGAGCUUGGCCCGUAGCUUCGUGUCGAGAUACUCAAGAACGCUACAGUGUUCGCGUGGUGGAGCUGCUGAGUGCCUGCAUCUCCAAGGUGCCCCGGACGACGCAGCUGAGCGUCGUGUCGACGUUGGGCCGCUACUGGGAGCGUCAUUACUUGUUGCUGCACACCUCCUGCUCCCCGCGACAUGACGCGUCUCACCAACGCGACCAAGAGGCUCCAGAGGGCGGGUCCUCUCCACUCUUUGAUCCUUUGCUGGAGUCGCAGUUUGACCCCGCCCUGCAGCACUCGUGCAAGCUCUUCAACUAUUGUCUAGGAAUAUCAAAGUACUACAGCCUGAGGAAGGAGGCUCUCACGGUCUUGUUGGAGCUGCUGCGCAGAAUAAAAGGCACGUGA